GGUUUCAUUUUCAAUUUGGUCGAGUUUGCCAACGGUUGUUUUGGGGCGAUUUGUGUAGGUUAAAAAAUAUGUAUAUGGAUCUGUAUAUGCACAAAGGAUGUGAAGAAUUUGUAAAAGAUACAAAAGUGCAUACGAAUAAAAAUAAAGUGCAUAUUUGUUUAAUUAGCAACAAAAUACUUGUUUAUUAUUUUUUAAGCGUAUUAUAAGUGUUUUAUAAAUGUUAACGCAAGUGAAACAGAAGUUGAAGAAAGCGAAAACCUGCUGAGCAUCCUUUAUUUUUUUUUACACACUGCUUAUUCUGCAUCUUUCCUUUUGCAUUAUUACCUUUUGUGUGCGCUAUUCGUGAACUGCUCCACCCUCGACGUCCUUGUGUGGGGAACAUAUGCAUAUGAAUAUACUGUGAAUUAUCUGAAGUGUUACAAAAGAAGCGGGAAGUGUUAUUUAUGUUUGAUGGAGUGUAGUAGACUACACAAAAAAAAAAACAACAAAGAAAAAUAAAGUAUAACAAAAUAACUGCAACUAAAACGCCAACACAUUCGAAGCCAACUAUUACAAUAGCAAGAAAUUGAAAGUAAAUCUUGCAGAAAAACCCGUCGCGUCUUUGGGUCGCCAUCGCUGAGCUUCAUAUACCGAACAACUUUGCAGUUGCGCGUCCGCUGUUCUUUCCAUUGUUUGUGUUUUGUUUCUUAUAAUCUUGUGUGUACUACUCGUGUGUGUGCAAUUUAAAGGAGACAUAUAUUCUGUCGCCGGCAUCAUAGAGUCCUUUGAAAUUAUUAGACGACCAUUAUAAUUGGAUUGGAAACCUUUUCACAGCAUUCUCGACGCCCUAAUAUUAAAAGCCGGCAUCAAUAUGCAUACUCUUUUCAAACCCAAUUAGUAGUAUACAUACAUGUGUGUAUCAGUGUGUGCGGUCUUCUACGAAUAUCUGUGAAUUUUAACGAGAUGAGCUGCUUUUGAUGCUGUUGGAGCUAACGUUGGAAAAUUUAUUAACUACUUGCCGUUGUCGGCAUACGUCGGUGUUGUUGCUUGUGAAAACGAAAGCUGUAGAUGAACAACAGCAAAAUUCUCAUCAAAAAACCGAAACAACAAUUGAAUGGAGACAUUAUGGCUAAACUCAAAAUUUGAACUCGGACCUUUAAAAUCAAAUCUUCGCUUCAAGUUUUCAAUGCGUACAACGGCGUUGAGCUAAAAUUAAACAUAAAAGUAAAAUAACUAAAUAAUCCUACACAACUCUAUAAACUCGAUUUCACUUAAAAGACGUUCUCACUAUUUGAGACGAGUCGCAAUUAAUGCCCGGAGUAGGUACCGGGCAAUACUGGACAUGUUGGAACGUCGACCCUUAUGGGGAUUAAUAGUGUUGCUAAAUGUAUGCUUCGUAAUAUGGCGAAUGCAGGAGCCCGCAUUGCUCAGUGUCGAAUACGACGGCAGCGGCGCAGGCAGCGUUGUGAAUUCACAGCCGAACUACGAAGGGCAACACGCCUCGCGAAACCACCAACAAAUAGGAGACAAACAGUUGCAACCAAUAUGGCCGCCACGGCCGAAGGAUUUAGCGUUGCGUAAUGCCAGAGAACCGCCGCAGCAGCAUCAACAGCAACAACUAUACGCCGGCAAACAUUUACUAGCCGAGAGCGCUGAAGUGUACGAAAGUGCUGUAAAAGUAACGCGCAAAGCGGACGAUGAUAAUAGUCUUCUACAUAUUAGUGGCCACAUUAGCAGUAGUACCGGUACCAGUACCAAUAGCAUGAGUAGCAGUAGCAGUAGUAGCAGUAGAUUCAGUAGUACUAGUCGUAAGAAUAAAAGUAAACAAUUAUUUAAGGAAUACGCAACGACGAGUUCGAGAAAAAGUACACCCUCACCACUAGUCACUGCAGCAACGUUGCGUAAUAAUGCCGAUUUGCCAGCGACGACGACAUUAAGUGCGCGGGCGUACACAUUUCCACCGGAUGACUUCCAUCAACUAAUCGAUCUGCACGACUUUACGUACCUUAUAAACCAAAAUGGCUGUAGUCGAGAUAUACAAGCGCUCAUACUAGUGCAUUCGGCGCCCGCCAAUGAGGAGAAGCGUCGUCUGAUACGCGAUACAUGGGCCAAUACGGACAUACUGCCGCUGGUGAACGGUGUAAUGCCGUUGAGAGUAAUCUUUCUGCUCGGCACGGUCGACAGCGAAGCACUACAAUUGGAUAUAGAUCGUGAGAAUUUCGAAAAUGGUGAUAUUGUGCAGGGCUCUUUUGUGGAUAGCUAUCGCAAUAUGACCUACAAACAUGUGAUGGCCUUCAAAUGGUUUCUCUACAAUUGUGCGCAUGCGCAAAUCCUAAUCAAAGCCGAUGAUGAUGUGUACGUGAAUACGCCGCAAUUGCUCAUCUAUUUGGCCGGUGUGAGUACGGCGGGGAGUGAUGGUCCGGUGGAGGGGGUUGCAAAAAGAACCUCAUCCGUGGCUGCUGCGGAUGCGCUUGCUACUGCUGCCAUAACAACAAUUCAACAAAGUACCGCCGAUAACGAUAGUAGAUCAUUUGAAGACCAUACUAUUGAAAAUAGUAGUAGCAGUAGUAGUAAUAGUGGUACUAGUACGAGUAGUACUAGCAAUAUGAGUAACAGUAACAGUUCGCACGCUAAUCAAAGAUAUGGCGCCGAGCUCAAAACACACUCAAAAAAUACUACACAAUUUAAUGCUGCGCAAAUGUUAUUCCGUCAUCCACACGAGCUGUUGUUGUGCAAAACCACACUAAAUGCUAUGGUCAAACGUAGCUAUCGCUCCAAAUGGCGUGUUUCGGCGCACGAAUUCCCCGGUCGCUAUUAUCCGCCAUAUUGUCCGGGCUUCGCCAUUAUCUACUCGCCAGAUGUAGCCUGGGCACUAUACAAUGCAGCACAAAAAUCAAAUUACUUCUGGAUCGAUGAUGUACACAUAACGGGUGUGCUGGCACAGAACCUGAGCAUUGCCAUUACAAAUGCUAAAGAAUAUAUACUCUACGAGUCUGAUUGCGACGAUUUGCUCAAUGAUGUAGUGCGUAGUGAUGAUGUGGAAUUCCUAUAUGCCUGGCAUCUGAUCAAUCCACAGCAAAUGCAAAAAUUGUGGGAGUUGUAUUUGGCUAAAGCGCAACGGUAUUUCUCGGUUGCGCCAAAGUCAUGGCGCUGGCGGCGUGGCGCGACCAGACAGCAGACAUCAUAUAAUCCGACUGAUUUCAAUAAAUUUAAGAGCUACAGAUAGUGACAUUAAAUGUAGGCGCAUAUACAAUACAUAGGAGACAUAAAAACAUGUACAUACAUACAUACAUAUAUAUAUAUAACAAAAGAUAUAUGCAUUUUUAAUAAAUGCAUAUUUUGCAGAUAUGCACACAAGCUUACUUCAUAUACUCCAAAAGAAAAUGUACAUCAUACAACACUUACAUAUAUACAUAAGAACACAUUCAUUUUCACACUAAAGCGCUUAUAUGCAUACAUACCUACAUACGUAUUGUAAAUGCUUGAGUUUAAUACUUCGUUUUUAUUUUUAUGUUUUUUUGUAAGUAUUUUAAGAUUAUUUGAAAAAAGUGUUUUUUAUUU